AUGCUAUCAUCAAUAUGGAAGCCCUCGGAGAAAAUACGCGGCACCCAUCGCCAUGCGCUCAUUUACUUCAUCUGCGGUAACCCCGGCCUCAUCGGCUUCUACGUCGACUUCCUCGACGCCCUCCGCAACCUCCUCAACACCUCCGAAUCACCCACCGCCUACGACAUCUACGGCCGCAACCUCCUCGGUUUCUCUGACGAAGAGCACGAGCCCUUCAGCCAAGGCAAUCCCCCCUGGGACGUCCACGGCCAAGUAGACGGCAUGUACCAAGACGUUGCAUCCCGCUUCAUCACCACCCAAGAAGGUCCCAACAAACCCUACGACUUUGUCAUUCUCAUGGGCCACUCCAUCGGCGCAUACAUCUGCGUCGAAAUCUUCCACAGACACACCCAAGACCCCAGCAAAGCACCGCAUCUCAACCUCCGCCACGGCUUCCUGCUCUUCCCGACCAUUGCGUCCCUGGCACUCUCACAAAGCGGCACCCGGAUGAACUACCUGCGCAGCCUGCCCACCAUGGAAACCCACUUCAUCACAUACGCAAAAGCCCUGCUGAGUAUAUUCCCACAGGCAACACUGCAAUGGGUCAUUGAAAACAUCAUGUCCUUCUCGGCAAACGCUGCCUCCGUCACGGCCGAGUGGCUCAAGAGCAGGGACGGGGUGCUUCAGGCGCUGCACAUGGGCAAGUCGGAGCUGGAUACCAUCUUUGAGGAUACGUGGGAGGACGAGCUGUGGGAGGUGUCUGCCGCGGCGGAAACUCAGGCGCCGAGAUUCUUCCUGUUUUACGGACGGGAGGAUCACUGGGUUGCGAAUCAUGUGAGGGAUGAGUUUAUUGAGAGGAGGAGGAGGGCGGGUGAGAAGGGGGGCAGGACGAGCAUUACGGUUGAUGAGGGGAAUAUUCAGCAUGCCUUUUGUACGAAAGAGCAUACGAGUUGGAGUAUUGCGAGGAGGGUGCAUGGUUGGGUUGAGGAGAUUGAUCGGGUUGACGGGAUGUGA